UGGCGGGAUUGUCAUUUAUAAACUGACAACAUAUUGUCAUCCAUUGACUUGUUUCACCUGCUGGUCUUAUCCCCACGCAGCUGUACCUAAUCCCACCAUACAGGAAGUGGAAAGCAGGGAUACACAAGAACGCACACCUUUUAGAAAAUCUCUGCUCCACCUGGCUUGUAAAAAAUAAAGAGGAGGUAAUCACCUAUAAAUUAUAACAUUACACUGAGGGGGAAGUCCUCAUUCAGACUCUUUGGCUUCAGUGUUUGUAAUUUAUAUCUCCAAAACACCUCGUCUUUGUGAGAGCAGAUCAAGAGGAGCAGCAGAAAGACUGUGGACGCACAUAAGUAUGACCAAAGGAUCCGCGCCCUGACGCGCGCCGGUGAGUGCAUGUUGGACCGGUGAGAGUGUGGACUAGUAUGAAACGCCAUGGCUUGGUGUGACCGCGGGGUUCAAACGCUGCUGGCCACCGUGGGGGCUUUCGCUGCCUUCAGCCUAAUGACUAUUGCCAUCGGCACGGACUACUGGCUCUAUUCGCGGGCGUACAUCUGCAACACCACCAAUGCCACCACAGACGAGACGCAAUCGCAGCCCAAAACCAAAAAGGGCGACCUCACCCACUCCGGGCUAUGGAGAAUCUGCUGUAUUGAAGGCAUCAAUCAAGGCAGCUGUUACAGGAUCAACCAUUUCCCCGACGACAACGACUACGACACUGAUAGCUCUGAAUACCUGCUGCGUAUAGUUCGUGCCUCCAGCGUGUUCCCUAUCCUCAGUACCUGCCUGUUGAUGCUCGGAGGGAUGUGUGUCGGGGUGGGCCGAGUCUACAACAAGACGAACAACGUCCUCCUCAGCGCAGGCAUUCUCUUUGUAGCUGCAGGUCUGAGCAACAUAAUUGGCAUCAUCGUCUACAUCUCCAGCAAUGCCGGAGACCCCAAUGAUAAACGUGAUGAUGACAAGAAGUACACUUACUCCUACGGUUGGUCCUUCUACUUUGGCGCCCUCUCCUUCAUCGUGGCCGAAACUGUGGCGGUCCUUGCCAUCAACAUCUACAUUGAGAGAAACAAGGAGGUUCGCUGGAGGGCACGGCGUGAAUUCAUCCGCACGCUCUCUUCCUCUUCCCCAUACUCGAGGAUACCGAGCUUCCGCUACCGUAGGCGGACAUCGCGUGCCAGCUCUCAUUCUACGGAGGCAUCGCAGGAGAACUCGCCAGUGGUGGGUCUGAAGAGGGCGCCAUCUUCCAGUGGGCCCCUGGACGAGCUGUCCAUGUACGCCCUGGCGAGGGACAGUGUGACGGAAAACACAUACAGCCCUGAACACGAGGCCGCUGCUGAUUUCCUCCAGGUUCAUAACUGUUUCCCCAAUGAUUUAAAGGACGGAGUGAAUCGCAGGACCACACCAGUGUGAGAGGCACAUUACUGGGCCCGCGGUUCACCUGGAAGUGGAUGAACAGGAAACAAUCUGUUAGAGCCAGAGAAGAGAGGACAAUCAGCUGGACAGAAGAUGAGCCAAUUAACAGAACCUGAGUCAUUUAUCUGCUUUUAGGGAUCAUCACAGCAGAGUUACAUUGUCUGUGCUGUGCCCGAUGCGAAAUUUGUGUUUUCCUUCAGCUGUCAAAAUGCUUAUUUAUAUGAGCAGUUUGUGGAUCACAGCCCUUCUUUGUGUAAUGGUGACUGAACAUUGUGGGUAAACUUGAGAGUGAAGUGUUGAGAGGUGCCAAUCAGCAGUAUUCUACCUGUAAAUUAUUUAACAAGGUGCUAAAUGAAAUGUACCCUUCAACUUGAAAGUGUUCCAUUUGUGUGUGCAAUUCCUAUAAAGUGUCGACCUCUCGCCAAAGUUUGGAUUGUGUCCUCAUAACCAGUUUGUUCUUGCCUUAUACUCUAAUCAUAGGUUCUCUCAGUACUGUCAUUUUAAAUAAUGUACGGCCUUUUAAACAAACUCAAAUUAUAAAUAUUUUUAACACGUCUUUUUUUAUGGGAGUAUUGCGCGGGAGUCAGUGUGUUUACAAAUGAUUGACUUGCUGAGUUGUAUUGAAUGUUUAGUAUUUUAGCCUAGUGUACAAGUCGACCAUCCAGUCCUACUGAUGAUAUGAAAGGUUUUGUCUCCCUCGCUGCCUCGUCCUUAAUCCUAUUCUUGUCUGACAUUUGUCAGAGGAACAAAAUGUCCCCUUUUGUCAGUGAAACACCUUGGCCCCUUUUUAUUCACUUCAUAUCAGUCCGCCAUCCUUCCAUCACACCCCCUGAUGGAUGUGACAUUGUGUCACAGCAGAACAGCAGCUGACAAAAAGGGGGGUGCCCAGAACUGUGAAAAUGGCGCAGGUCAGGACUCUCUUUUGCUCAAAAUGAAGCCUGGCAUAUCCAGCGUGUUUAAUGGAUCUGAGCCAGGCGGAGAAUGUUUGUCUGUCUGUCACAUUGCCUGUGAGUGCAUCUGGUUGCCUUUUCCAGCCUCUCAUGUCAAACAGAGGACCCAGACAGAAGCAGAGGGAGCUGUCUGUAACUGCGUCCCUGAAGGAUUUGUCUCCAGCAACCAGAUGUGUGUGUGUGUGUGUGUGUAUGUGUGUUGUCGUCCAUCACUGCUCUUUUGUUUGGCUCUCUCAGGAAAUAUUGUAUUCUUGUGGCAGGUUGAACACUUUGAGGUCCUCUCCCUACUUCAUGGCAGUGCUGGGAAAUGGACCAGUGAUAAAGAUAAACCUGGUGAAAAUGAGUUGAGAAAAAAAAAAUGCCAUUUCUGUAUUUAGUAUAUGCUGUGAGUGAUUGUUUGAACUUGCUCCAAGAACCAGCUGGGGUGAUUUUUUUCAGUCUUAGGGCUAUUCAGAUGGUUCGGGUUUGGCGAGCUCACUAACUCAACCACAGAAUAGUAUUUGAUUGUAUUUAGUGUGUUUGAUAUUCCAUUAGAGACACCACUUAAUAUGUGAGGCUGAGCAGAUGUAAAAGAAAGCCGUCAGUAUGAUCCAUCCAGACUCUAGAUCUUUUAUAUUACAGUUUGGGGAAAAUAUCAAAAUGUGUUUGUUUGUAAUGUAAAGCUGUAA